AUGGCGGCCACUUUGACAGCUCUCCACUCCUUACGGGUAGGCCGCCAGCAAAUCCCUCCCUGCGGCUUCCACCGCUCCACCACAGCCUCCGAAAUCAGCCAACACCUGACAAAAACCUGCGUCGCUGAGCCCCAAUGGACCUGCUCCAUCCAUAUACCCUCACCACCAGUUUCACUCCACCACGCACGCGAUAACCCAGAGCGCUUUGACGCUGUAGUUUCAAGCAGGGAUUUCCUGGUUGUCCCUGCUGGGGUGGCCCGUGGACUGCUGCACGAUAAUGAGGCUGGGGUUAAGACGGUUGGUGCAUAUCCAAUGGGGAAACUGUGGAAUAUGUGCUAUGGAGAUGAAGAGGAAUGA